AUGCGUCUUCCACUCCCCAAUGAUUUCUUCGCUCCUGUUCGACUGUCGGAAAGCGAAGUCCAUGACUUGAAAGCUGUCGAGGCACAGCUCCUCUCCGCAUACGUGGCCAGUUACGAGGCGCAUGUGAACGACUCGAAUUGGAAGCUUGUAGGACAGCGUACUGGCUUUCAAAUAUUGCGCCAGCGACAGAAAAAGGUAAAAUGGUCGGGUAGUAUGCAGCUAGAGCCAGAGCCGGAGCCAGAGAGGUGUGCAGAUUCGAGUAGUCGCCGACGCACUGACGAAAGUGAGCUCCCAGCGCUUCGCCUUGUUGGUAGUGUGGAUGGCACGUUAGAAGAAGUUUUGUACGGAUCUACGUGGAAAUCCGGUCGGGAAAGGGCCGCUAGAGCCUAUUUAACUGGAGAUGGAGUGUUAGAUGGAGCUAUUCUUUGCUCCAUUGAGACACCGUCGAGUGUGGACCCUUAUCGAUCGCUGAGUGUUAAGUGGGCAUUGAGACGGGGUUCUCACGGUGGCUUAGUGGUUAAACAUAGGGACUUUUGUUAUCUGGCCGCGACAGGUAUCGUGCAUUCGCCUCUUUCGGGUGUCAAAUUGGGCUAUCGAUUGCGUCACUCGAUUACAUUUCCAUCCUGUCCGCCAUUUCAGAACCAUUCGGUGGUGAGAGGACAGAUAUUUUUUUGUUCAUUGUUCAGACAGCAAAGAAAUGGUACCGUUGGAGUUUUUCAUGAAGGAAAAUAUGAUGUCGGCGGAGGAAAUGGUAGCAUUGGUCUAAGCGUACCAACAUCCAUGGCUGAAGAGAGCCUUGUCGAGACACUUUCGAGUUUAGCAGAUAUUCGAGCUUGUGCACUUGUAAAAAAACUGACCCGAGUAGUGGAAUACAUGGAGGGGGAGCGUGGAACUGCUUCGCUGUCAACUUAUUCGGUUCAGGAGUCACUUGAUGGCGAGAGGCGUUGUGGAAUGUGUCUACGCUGUCUUGGUGACGUCUUGAAACGUCGCUGUGCAGCAUGUCGUCAUUGGACGUGUACAGAGUGCAGUGAACGUCAGAGCAUUAUUUCGGUGAAAAGAAGGGAAGAGAAACAUGGUUCUGUAGUUACUCGUUGUUUCUGUAAGGCCUGUGUAGCCAAGGUGCUAUCUGACGAUGUUACGAAGUACUCGUUGUGCAAUGCUGAUGACAAGGAGUACGAGAUACCCUGUAGAAGGUGGGGUCACGAUGACAUCUCUGAUGGAGAAGACAAUAAACAUCAUGCGCCACAUCGACAGUUCUCGGUGGAACAUUUCUCAAAUUAUUCGUCUCACUCAGACGAGUUCAUUUAUCUUCGAGAGCGUCAAAUUCUAUCUAGUGGGCUGAAUAGCAUUAAUUUGGGUUCAUUCUCGUCAAAUUUACGUAAUUCCACGAAACAAUUCUCAAACAACAGCGACGAAAAUAAUACCGUCAGUACAUCGCCAGUUGAAUGUCGUCGACGGCGCAGCGCCUCUUCCAUUCCAGCACUUGCUUAUGCUUCCGACACUCUAUACCAACGCCAACCACGGCGGCGACUUAGUUUGAAUGCACCGGACAUUAUGCUACGAAGUGAUGUGGGCCAGCGCAACUGGGAGUCUUCCACAUCAGCAUUGUCCCUCCAGUCCCCGCAAAGAAUAUAG